AUGUCCGUGACACAGUAUGGGGCUCGUUUUGUGGCUCUAUCGAGGUUCGCGCCAUAUUUAGUUGACGAUGAGGGGCGGAAGGCCCGCCUUUUUGAGAACGGCUUAUGUUUUGGCCUUAGGAGCCGUGUCGUUGGACAAAUGCUCUCGACUUUUGAGCAGGCAGUUCAGAGGGCUCAGAUUUAUGAGGCGGAAUGGAACGAUUCGCAGAGGGUUCGUGACCAUAGAGGAGACCGGAAGAGGAAGAUCCCAUCUGGUAGUUUUCAGCAGCAGCGUCGACGGCCACAGAGGCAUAGGAACCGUCCAUCCUUUCGAGUGCCAGCAGCAUCUUCAGCAUUACCAAAGAGACCGUUUACAGGUGCUUGCUUCAAAUGUGGUGAGAUGGGGCAUUGUAAGCGUGAGUGCCCCCAUUUUCAGUAG